GUUUUUUCACAGAGACAUGAAACCUGAGAAUCUUCUAUGUAUGGGCCCUGAGUUGGUUAAAAUUGCUGACUUUGGUCUUGCACGGGAGAUUCGUUCUCGUCCCCCAUACACUGAUUAUGUAUCAACAAGAUGGUGACCACCUUUCUCAGGAUGGUUCUCGACUCACGGACAAUGACUGCACGUCCUUCACCCAAGCGGAUAAGGGACAUUCUAGAAACGCUCUCGGAAUUUCAAUGUGGGAGGGCACUCCCUUACGUGAAGUUCCUCAGGAUCCUUGGCAAACUGACAGCUGCCUCAGCUGUGGUUCCCCUGGGGCUCCUUUCCUUGCGCCCUCUUCAAAGGUGGCUCAAUGGCCUACACCUGGACCCCGCGUGUCAUGCCCACAGAAGGCGACGACUGCUUGUCACCUCUCAAUGCAUGGCAUCCCUGUCUCAGUGGAGGAACGAGGAAUUCAUGUUGCACGGCGACAGAGGGCAGGACCCAGUCUGCUGCCGUGUUUCCAUGGUUCUUACUUUCCUGCAGGAGUUGUUGAAUCAGGGACGUACGCCGUCUACGCUAAAGGUAUAUGUUGCUGCCAUUAACUGCUGGCAUGCAGGACGGAAUGGCUCUAAUGUUGGUCGUAACCAGGAUAUUUUGGUGUUUCUGAAAGGUGCUCGCCGCUUGUGUCCACCCAACCGCCCUGUUGUCUCGAUGUGGGAUCUUUCUCUUGUGCUCGAGGCCCUGCAGGCUCCUCCAUUUGAGCCACUUGCACAGAUCGACCUUAAGUGGCUUUCGAUGAAGACUGCGUUCCUGUUGGCCAUGGCUUCCGCUAAACGGGGGAAGUCGUUGCCUCUGGGGUCCGGUGUCACCCCACGAGGGGCCUCUCGACAUCAUGUGUCUGUCCAUGGUGUGCUGUUAGAUGUCAUUUGUUCGACAGCUUCCUGGACCUCCCUCAACACUUUCGCAAGAUUCUACAGGGUGAACGUAGCUUCCCCACACCCACUGGAGGGGGUCCUCCGGCGACACUCCUACAUCACAGUGAGGUACAGGGCUCCUGAAGUGCUCCUCAGAUCAACAUCUUACAACUCACCCAUUGACCAGUGGGCAGUUGGUUGCAUUAUGGCUGAGCUAUAUACCCUUCGACCUCUUUUUCCUGGUUCCAGCGAAGUAGACACCAUUUUUAAGAUUUGCCAAGUCCUGGGUACACCGAAGAAGAAUGAUUGGCCUGAGGGGUAUCUUCUAGCAAAUGCCAUGAAUUUCCGUUGGCCACAGUGUAUUCCAAGCAGUCUGAAAACACUCAUUCCCAAUGCCAGUCCAGAGGCUAUCCAUUUAAUGUCAGACUUACUCCAGUGGGACCCUAAGAAGAGACCAGCCUCAGCACAGGCUCUCAGGUAUUCCUAUUUCCAUGUGGGCCAGGCUUUGGGAACUCCUCAACAAAUCUUAGAGCAGGGUAGACCCCAGCCGAACCUUGUGCCAAUGGAGCCCCCAUUACAGGCUCACACAGUGAUGCAGCAGCCCCUGCUCCUCAAGCCUGUGCCCCCCUCACAGCCCCCUCCAAACCAGCACUGCUCCUCCAGACCCCUGCAGCAGGUCCAGCCCUCCCCUGUAUCUGCCGCUGCUCAGGCUGCCAUUUACCAACGGCACACAGAUCUGCUCCGUGAGCAGUCUAAGCACAUCCUGAACCCAGAGCCAACACAGGGCACAGCACAAAGUCACCUCCCCUUCAUUGUGGACAAGGGACCUCAGACCAAGACAAGGGAGCAAUCAGAGAACACGAAUUUACCAAAUUACCAUCUGAAACCCAAGGGAGGUCGUCGCCGGUGGGGCCACAGCACAGGACAGCAUAAAGGGGAUGAGUGGGAGGACUCUGAAGACAUUGACUUGUCUUUAAGUGUUCUUGGAAAAUCUAACUUCUCCACAGAAAAGUCUAGACACGGAGAUAGUGCCCUCCCCAGAUACAGCAAUGCUCUGGAUUAUAGUCGUCCUAAAGUGCAGGAUGAUGGUCCUUUGAAUUUAAACAAAACCGCAAACUACCAGGAACCUUCAAGAACUGCCUCUGCCAAACAGCAUUACUUGAGACAGUCAAGAUAUUUACCUGGAAUUGCUACAAAAAAGAAUGUGUCUCUAAAUGCAAGUAAAGACUUCAGUAAUAGCCAUCUUUGGGGAAACGGCACCAUCCCAUUUGGUGGCACUUUACCAAGCCGAGGUGCUCAUGGUACGAACACAAUACCAGGAGGAUAUUUGCCAUCUUUUUACAAAAAAGAUAUUGGUUCUCCAGGUCAAAGAGGGCCUCAGGUUUCAUUGGUAGAAUCAACAACAUCAAAUUAUGCAACUUGGCGGUCUGGGCGCAGUCAUUUGAGCAGUAACAUCUCAUUGCCCACCAAGAGCACACUGGGUACGCUGCCUCGUGCACCAGUUCAGUCUAUCCAUGGACGCACGGACUGGUCUGCCAAAUAUGGACACCGCUAGUUGCCUCUUUGGGGCUCUGAACUUUGCUCCUCACAUGGUUAUGGCACUACUAAAGAACGCCUUUACCCCCAAAGAGUAGGUUUAGUGGUUUUGUGUACAUACAUCUUAGCACAGCAAUAAAUCUGUUUCAUUGUAUGUACUGUGGAUGUUGUGAGUUAUAAUAUAAAGGAACAUUUUGUGUAUGACAAAAUGCAACCAGCCAAAAACUUAAACCUAAUUGCUCUUCAAAUGUUUUUUUCUUUUCUACUAAAAUGUAAAAUAAGUAUUGCCUCUGGUUAAAUUUGUAUCUUUUAUUAGUAUCAUAAUGCAGUGCAAAAUGCGAACUGAGGCUCUAUGUGCAAAAAUGUCCUAGAAUUUAAAAAAAUUU